AUGACCAACACCACCGGUGACACCUUCUACGAAAUCCUCAACUGUGAUCCAACCGCAUCGACAGAUGAGAUAAAGAAAUCGUAUCAAACCUUAAUCCUCAAACACCAUCCCGAUAAACAAGAGCAAAACGCCAAAUCCGAGUUAUUUGUUCGACUGAAUGAGGCCUGGCACAUUCUACGCGAUCCGGACAAACGUAGAGCCUAUGAUGCAGAAAUCUUACAGAAACAAUUCAGUGAGAAUCGAAUAGUCCACGAAGUGGUCAAUUUGGACAUGGACUUUCAGUUUGACCCAGAGUCGAAUAGCUAUUGUCGUGACUGCCGUUGUGGAGCGCAGUUUGUAGUGUUUAAGGAGGAUGUUGAUAAGGAUGGUAGUUACCUGGAAUGUGAUGAGUGUUCUUUGGUCAUUGGAGUGACACUGUGA